AUGUCGAUGGCCGGGCGCAUUCAGCGGGCCGUACAGGCGCAAAUCGUGCCGAAGAAGGGAGAGACAUUCGAACUCAGGAAAGGGCUGGUAUCACAAUAUGCUUCUGAACGCAAGGAGGCCAUACAGAGGACAAUUGCCGCCAUGACCUUGGGCAAGGAUGUCUCAGCCUUAUUCCCGGACGUGCUCAAGAACAUCGCCACUCCGGACCUGGCGCAGAAGAAGCUCGUCUACCUUUACUUGAUGAAUUACGCUCGAGCCUAUCCGGACUUGUGCAUUCUGGCAGUCAACACGUUCGUGCAAGAUUCUGAAGACGGUAAUCCGCUCGUCCGGGCGCUGGCGAUUCGCACGAUGGGCUGUGUCAGAGUGGACAAGAUGAUCGAUUAUCUCCCAGAGCCAUUGAAACGAACACUCAAGGACGAAAGCCCAUACGUACGCAAGACCGCCGCCAUUUGUGUCGCAAAACUCUACGAUCUGAAUCCGGAAUUGUGUCUGGAUAACGGGUUCGUCAAGAUGCUUCAAGAGCUUGUAGGCGACGCCAAUGCCACGGUAGUUGCCAACGCUGUCUCUGCCUUGGCAGAAAUUCAAGAAGCGGAUCCCGCUACUGAAGCCUUGCUCAUUACGGCUGAUACGCUUUCAAAGAUGCUUGUUGCGCUGAACGAAUGUUCCGAAUGGGGCCGUAUCGCCAUCAUGAACGCCAUGAGUGGCUACGUUGCAGAUGAUACGGAGGCGGAGACUAUUUGCGAGCGAGUAGCACCCCAGUUCCAACACGCUAAUGUCAGUGUUGUUAUCGCAGCGGUCAAGGUUGUUAUCAAAAACAUCAAACAGCUGAAGACUCAAAUGCAAGCGAGUCUCCUAAAAAAACUGGCUACGUCCCUUGUCACGUUGCUCUCUGCCCCCUUCGAGCUACAGUAUGUGGCCCUGCGCAAUAUUCGUUUGCUUCUUCAGAUUCACGGCAACUUGCUCGCCAACGAGAUCAGAGUCUUUUUUUGCAAAUACAACGACCCACUUUAUGUCAAGAACGAAAAGUUGCACAUCAUGAUUGCUCUUGCAGAUGAGAGCAACAUUGAUCAGCUUCUACUAGAACUUAAGGAGUAUGCAACUGAGAUCGAUAUGGAGUUUGUCAAAAAAGCUGUCCGCAUGAUUGGACUUUGCGCAAUCAAGAUUGAAGUUGCAGCUGAACGAUGUUUGAAUGUCCUUCUGGAGCUCAUCAACACUAGAGUCAAUUAUGUCGUCCAGGAGAGCGUCGUGGUUAUCAAAGAUAUUUUCAGGCGCUAUCCAGCUCGUUACGAGUCCGUCAUUCCAGCACUUUGCAGGAACAUCGACGAGCUGGACGAUCCAAAAGCAAGAGCGUCUCUUAUCUGGAUCCUCGGCGAAUAUGCGGAGAAGAUUCACAAUUCAGCGGAGUUGUUGGAAUCGUUCAUGGAGUCGUUCAAGGAUGAGUAUGCUGAAGUUCAAUUGCAGUUACUGACUGCUGUCGUCAAACUCUUUCUCAAGAAGCCUAAGUCUGCGCAAGCAUUUGUCGAACAAACAUUGCAAAACGCGACACACUGCGACAACAGUGAUGUCCGUGAUCGAGCCUUCAUCUAUUGGCGCUUGCUAUCGAGUGACUCUAGCAUGGCAAAGACUGUUGUUUUGGACACGAACAAGCCUCCAAUUGACGUCAAUACAGGUUCUGUCUCGUCAUUCUUGCUGAAUGAGUUGGUUGCAGAUCUUUCCCUCAUAUCCUCAGUGUAUCACAAACCUGCAAGAUCCUUUGUCGGCGGCGGUAGGACCGGUGGGGUAGACAUUAUUCAAAAGACUGCCAUUGCCGAGCAGCGGUCGUCGGCGCAGGAGGCAACCAUGCAAGUCACGGGGCAAAAUGUUGAAAACUUACUGGACAUUGACUUUGAUGGUGCCGUUCCAGUGGCACUCCAAUCAGAGAUCGUGGCGAAUAAAUCCAAUGUCGAAGAUUUGCUAGAUCUUUUCAAAAGCUCGGAGACGGAGGCACCCGUCGUCAGUCAAAAUCAACGCGCAUUUGGAGAGCAGGGUGAUAUGCUUGACCUUAUAUAG